UUCACAGAGCUCCAAGAAGCCCGUGAAGCCAAGAUACGAGAGGACUGGAUCCGAGUGAUGGAGAUGCGGAUCAAUCGAGAAAAGCUUUCGGAAUGUUAUCGUACAGAGGGAGUCAACUCUUACGAGCAAUGUGCUCACCUUGCCCAAAAGGUUCUCGACCAAAUUCCUGAUGGAAGGGUG